AUGGGAAACACUCAAGGGACACCAAGUGAUUUGGAUUCAUUUAGAAAAUAUGCUGGAUUAACAAUAAAGCAUGUUAUGAUGUUAAGGUUAAGUAUUAUAAUAGCAAUAGGGAACGACUUGAAAUGUUAUCAGAGGCUGAUUUAAGUAUAACAAAGGAUGCAUUUUCUUUGGCUAUGAAGACAAAGGAGGAAGAGACAGAAAGAGUAUUAAUAAUAUAUAAGAAAGAUAUUUCGUAUAUUUGAUUUGAGUAGUUCAGGUAAAAUAGAAACAUUAGAGUUUGUUUGUGCAUUAUCAUUGAUGGCUUAUGCAAAUUUAAGGGUAUAUAAUAAUGAUGAGAUAGGAAAAAUGUGAUUUAAUGUUUGGGUUAUAUGACUUUGAUCGAAAUAGGACAAUGAAUAAAUAGGAAUUGAUUAUAUUGAUUAAGACAGUUUUGACAACAGUGAAUGCAAUAUCAUCAAAAGGAGAAUGUUCAAUCUAAGAAGCUGUUGGGAUUGCAUAGGUCAUUUUGGAUCGUUAUGACACAAAUGGAGAUGCCUCAAUAUCAGCAAAAGAAUUCUACAGUUUCGUUUCCAAAGAUCCUGAUAUAGUGAAAAUGUUAUUAAGCUAUGGAUUAAUAUCAAUAUAGGAUUUGAGAUUCAAUUUUGGUGAACCAUAGAAUAAUGAAUUACCAGUACCUGAGGCAGAUAGUGAUUUAGAGAAUGAAAUAUUUAAAAGUAGGGUUAUAAAGACAGUAGAGGAUGAAGCAGUUGCUUUGGGAAUAGAGACUUUAAUGAAUGGAGGUGGAAUUGAAUAAUUAGCUUGGCAUUAAUAAUUAGCAAAAGACAAUAUGAUUAUGGAUCCAGAUGAUCCUGAAGAUGUAAAUGGAAAUCCACCAAAUGCAACUUUGGAGAUUGAUCAUGUAUAUGGAUUUAGAUGUUUUGAUACAAGAAANGAUAUUAGAGGAUGUGGUUUUUAUGAUGAUAAUGGAUUAAAAAAUGAAAAUUGGAUUGAUUUACAUGACCCAUUUAUGAAGUAUGGAAUAUUAAUUGAUUAUAGUACUGGUAUUAGUUAUUUGGGCAGAUAUAAUAAUGGAAAGAAGUCGGGAAAAUGGAAUACAUUUUUUUAAAAUAAGUAGAUGUAAAAUGAGUUGAUUAUUAAUAUAUAUAUAUAGAGGAGGAGGGUAUUAUGGUGAUAAUGGAUAUAAAAAUGGAAAGUGGAUUGAAUUAGAUGGUGAUUAAAACAAAAAUAAAGAUUAAAUAAGAACAAAGGAGACAGAAUAUAAAAAUGGUUUAAAGUAGUGA